UUUCUUUCACUGAAUGUUUUAGGGGUUAAAUUGUUUGUGCAUAAUAUAAUUAAAAAUGCAAAAUAUAUGAAUACUAAGAACUCUGUGUUUGAUAAGCUGGGCGAAAGGACACUACAUGGAACAUGCUGAGUUGAUGGAUUCAGUAUUUGAUGUGGUGAGGAAGGAAGCUGAGAAUUGUGAUUGCCUUCGUUGUGCAUAAUAUUCAUUUUGGUCAGGAUACAAGGGGAAGCACACAGACAAGCUUUUGGUGGUUUGAAGUCACUCCUUCAAAGCAUCAGAAUGAAUUUCCAUCAAUGCCUCCCGUAAAUUCAGCUUACUCUAUCCAGUCCGAUGUAGUUGAAAAUGAAUCAUACCAAAGCUUCCCAAAGUACCCUAGCAGACAGAGUGUUAUGGAUUCGCAACCAGCAUCACAUUGUUAGAAAUUCUUCAUUUGGGAGGCUUACUCUUCAGAAGCAGUGCGAGCUAAGUUACUUUGAGUAUACUUUUGAGUACUGCAAGCCUAGCUGUGAGGAACCACUUCAUUACACGGUUGUUGUACGUUGGAGAUUUAGACCCUCUUGUCAACGAGAGGCACCGCCACUAUUUGUUCAUCCAAGUCUGACUAGGGGUUUCAGUUCAACCAGGAACGAGAAGAAGAUAUCACGAUGGUGAUGAAAGGAAGCUUGACGAAAGAAAGAGAAGAGGGUGGCGAUGAUGGAAACUCAGCUUACUCUGUCCAGUCCGAUGCAAUUGAAUAUGAAUCAUAUAAAAAGCUCCCCAUAAUAUUGUACCCAAACACAGGUAUUAUUCUAUCAUUUUAUUUUUGGGUUUUGAUUAAAUUUUGUUAUACUUUUUGUUAUCCUCUUUAUUACUCUUGAUUAUUCUAUCUAUUUGGGUUUGAUGCCUGUAAUCAGUAGCCCUUAUUCUAUAACAUAUAGAGAAGAAAGAAUACUUUGGUUUUGGACAUUCUAUAACAGAUAAGUUUGGAGCAAUGAAGAUCAUCAAGUAAUGCAAAAAAAAAAGACUAUUGCGCAUACUCUUCCUGUUUCACUAAAUAACAUUGGAGGUGUAUUCAUGGGAGCCUGUUCUGUAUGAAUGGAAAGCUUUUGAGAUACUCAUACUAUUGAAACUUUGUUGGAGUUUGGAUAGCAGAUAUAUCAGUAGGAUUAUCUUUUGCCAAUCUGUUAUUUUCAGUGUUUUCAAUUUAAUUUUUUGAGUUUAAGCCAUCAUUGACUUACUUCUUGGUCUCAUAUAUGUGUUAGGUAAGUAGUAUUGUGUUAAUUAACAAUUUUGGUUAGCUGAGCUAAAUUAUUGCACUUGGUUUAGGCAGUGACUUGGCCACUCGCUAAUGAUCGUUCGGUUGAUAUUACAUUAAUUAGUAAGUAUAGAUGAUUUGUGUGUGAACUGCUUUGGUAAGAACAAUGCCUUGAGAUAAAGACUAAUUCUUUGUGUUUUUAUGAGUUUAAAUUAAGAAACAAUAGGUUGAAAGCAAUUUUUUCUGAUUGGAAUUGUCCAUGAUUCCUUUAAAAGAAGAGGUUAGUUUUGUAAUUUUAUCUCUGGUGGGUUCCAAGUUUGGUAGUUUUGAUGAUGAAUCCUUUUUAUUUCUUCGUUAUGCCGAGAAAAAUAGGCGGUGCCCUGUUUUGUUUUUAUUUUUGGUUUUUAUUUCAUAGAAUUUUUCUUUGUGCUGAAAAAAUUUGCAACUUAUGUGAUUGUGAUUUAGAGUUUAAAUGUAUAAUGAUAUUAAUAAAAGUGAGAAUUUUGGUUUGGUUGUGAAAGGACUAUGUGACUGGGUUUCACAAGCUCAAGAAGAAAAGGAGAAAGGUGGCACAAAAGCAGUUCUAAAGAGGAAACAUAU